AUGGAUAUCCUUCCAGCCAAGCACACGGGUCUAAACGAGGACGCCCUUCCAGCCGAGCGCCCUUCUUCGAGCAUGGCGAACCCCCUAGUUUUCCAUCGCUUCUCACAGUUGCCACCGGAGUUACGCCUCGCCGUCUGGGGAUACUUUUCACUGUCUAGCGAGCCCGCCGUCCACCAAUUCGAUGACCAUCGGAUGCAGUCGGCGUACCUCAUAGAAUCAGCUCUCAUCCCCGCUACCCGGACUCUCAUGCAGGUCAGCCGAGAGGCGAGAGAUGCAGUCCUGAAGAAGCGACAAUGCAUCAAGGCCGGAGUUUUCCAUGCGACGGAGUGUUUUCACCCUGGUGGCCGCUGGCAAGGACGCUGGUGGGCAGGCGCUUUUGUCGACUGGGAAAAGGAUCUUUUCUUCUUCAGAGAAAGCUCAAACCCCCUAUACGAUGCGUCUCACGCCCCGCCCUCCUGGCGCCCGGAGUGA